AUGUCCCGAUCAACCCCCCGCCGACGAGGCGGCGGCCACGCCCGCCACUCCUCAACCCAAGGAAACCCAACCACCGGCCCCCGACCCGUUCAAUCCGACUACGAAUCCGACGCGGCGCACUACAUCGACUCCCACCCAGUCCCGGACCCGAACCCAGCGCUCUUCAACCGCACAAACACGGACCUCAACCUCUCUGUCCUCCGCCGCUACCUCCCCUCCAUAAACUCAACCCUCUCCAUCGCCGCCAACGCCGUCGUCUACACCUUCAACCCCACGCUCCCGGGCUGGGACAAGACGGGCAUCGAGGGGACGUAUUUCCUGUGUAUGCAGGACCCCGUUCCCGGCACGGCGCCGACUCCGAGGGCGUGUAUCUUUGUGUUGAACCGUCGCGGGUUGGAGAAUGUCAUUCUCGAUUUGAGCGAGGUGGACGACUUUGAAGUCAUGGACGAGAUUUACAUCUUUCGUCUGCGCGGUACCUCCGAAGAAGCGGCAGAGGGCACGAACAAAGUCAUGGGCAUCUGGAUCCACGCAGAUAAAGAGGACACGCGCGUUAUGAACUCGGCCCUCAUCUCCGAGACGCUCAAACUCGUCCGCCUCGCCGAGGAGCAGAACGCUGUUGCUGGCUUCGGCGGUCCCGGAGGUGAGGAGCUGGGCCCCGCGAUGCAGGCCAUUGGCCGGAAGCUGAGCUUGAGCGACCUAUUUGGCGCGCAGAAUGGCCUCCAGGGCUAG